AUGAGUGAUUACGAUCGACUGGCUGAACAACUGCGACAUCCUGAAAAUCCGAUUGUCUUUAUGGAAAUGACUGCUGGUGGUGCACCGAUUGGCACAAUUAAGAUGGAACUUUUUGCGGAUGUCUGUCCGAAAACAGCAGAAAAUUUUAGGUUACAGUUUUGUACUGGUGAGUAUCGUCGUGAUGGAGUUCCUGUCGGCUAUAAGAAUGCGCAGUUUCAUCGUGUCAUCAAGGAUUUUAUGAUACAAGGCGGCGAUUUUGUUAAUGGUGAUGGUACCGGUAUGACCAGCAUUUAUGGUUCUAAGUUUCGAGAUGAAAAUUUCGAUUUGCAGCAUACUGGACCUGGAAUUCUCUCAAUGGCAAAUGCUGGUCCAGAUACUAAUGGCUGUCAGUUUUUUAUAACGUGCGCAAAGUGUGAUUUCUUAGAUGGCAAACAUGUCGUUUUUGAAAUGGAAGAUUCAAGUUUUUUUGUUAUAGGGCGUGUGCUAGACGGUUUAUUGACAGUUCGGAAAAUAGAGAACGUUCCUACUGGCCAAAAUAACAAGCCGAAAAUUCCAAUAUCGUGUUUAUUUGGCCGUUUUCAAGCACAUUUACAUUUUCCGCUUCGAUGCGGAGCUGGAGAUUUGGCUUUAGCUCUAGUUUUACAGGAUCUGCGCGCAUUCAGUGGCCAAAUGGAUGCGCGGGCCAGUACGUCGAGAAAUGAUGUGACGAGUUUUAAGAUUGUCUUGUUGGGUGAGGGAGCUGUAGGAAAAACGUCUGUUAUGCUUCGCUAUAUUGAAAAUAAAUUCAAUCCGCGCCAUAUUUCUACGCUGCAGGCAUCAUUUUCCUGCAAGAAGAUUACCUUGGAUGGGAAUACUAUUGAACUAAAUAUUUGGGACACUGCUGGCCAGGAGAGGUUUCAUGCGCUUGGUCCCAUAUAUUACAGAGGUAGCCAAGGCGCUUUGUUGAUCUAUGACAUCACCGACGAGCAUUCUUUUGAAAAAGUAAAGCUUUGGGUUAAAGAACUUCAGCGUAUGUUAGGCGACACUGUAGUGCUAAUGAUAGUUGGGAACAAAGUUGAUUUGUCGCGUAAUCGCAACGUAGAAUGUGAAGAAGCCUUCGAGUAUGCAAAAUCUGUUGGCGCUGAACAUGCAGAAGUCUCGGCGAAAGACAACAUUGGAAUAGAUCAGUUGUUUGAUCGCUUAACUCGCAGUAAGUUCUUACCUUUUUCGACUAGAACAAUAUUUUAUCUCAUUUAG